UUCAUUUGUUUAUUCACUUCGUACUUGCUUAACCCACACUUUGAGUUCGGCAUCUUUCUCUUCCAUGGAAUUCACUACUCAGUAAUUGUUUGAAGAUUAAACUCCUAACAGAGAUGGAUCCUAGAUACGCAGGAGAAACGCUAAAACAUUUAGAGAAGGAAUACGAGCUCCUUAUGGAAGCCUAUAAUUCCAUGUCGCACGAAUUGCAUACGCUUCAGGUUGAGGAAGAAAUGCUGAUGCGCAAGUUCUAUGAGCUCAUGACUGCUCGUGGUCAAACUGAAAGUGUAUGCUCAGAGGAAGUUGAGUACAUCAGAGAUGAACUGGAAAGAAUGAUAGCUUUCCUUGGAGUAGCAGAUUCCAUGGAAGAGAAAGAUGCCAAACUCAAAGUGUGGGAAGUGGGAUUUGAACCCACGCCCUCCCAUGAAGACCAAAACUUGAGUCUGGCGCCUUAGACCACUCAACCAUCC